AUGGGUUUAAAUGAUCCAAAGAAAUUAAAGUUUGACUUAGAUUUAACAAAGUUUGUCUGCAAUGAAGGUCUAUCUUUUGAACUUUUGGAUAAUAAAGGAGCUCAAGAACUUAUAGAUAAAGUAAAUAAUAAAUUCACUGUCAAAUCUGCAUCAACAUUUAGACUCAUAAGCUUCCAAUUCAAAAAGUUAAUCGAAAAACUUCCAGCUAAAAAAUUUGCAACUGCUAAAGAGAUAGUUCAAUAUUAUCUCUUUCUACGAAAGUCAAAGAGUGAAGCAAAACUAAGGGUCCUCGUAGGUUGUCCGAAUAAAAGUUCUUCUUUUAUACCUAAUUGUCCAGUUGAUCAGUCUGACUGCUGCAUACUGUCCAAACUAAUGGUUCCUUGGGUACUUGGUAGAUUUAGAGUGCUUACAAUACAAAAGUUAAGGAUUAAAAUUGAGAAAUUGUUGAAGGAAUGGAUGAAAUUAAAAGAUCAAAGAUACAGAACAAAUCCUGCUGAAAUAAAAAAAAGACAUUUAUUUGAAGAGCAAAUGAGUAAAGUAUUUUGGAUUGGAAAACAUCCUAAUGUUAUGUUUGAGGAAAUAUUAAAAGAUAAAAUGAGAAAAUUGAAAGACAAGGAAGAAGAUAUUGCUUUCUUAAAAGACCAACUGGAUAAAAGAAAAGGAAGUCUUGGAGGUAGAGAUAAAAGAUAUGAAUAUUCUGUAAUCAGAAGUAAAAGAAGCACAUCAAAGUUCAGUAAAAAUCCGUCAGUAGAAUUAAAUAAGAAUGAUUCAGAUUAUCUAAGUUCUGCUAGUUAUACUAGCGAUGAAUUAGGUGAAGAAACAGAUAUUGACUUUGAUUUUAAUGAGCAUCCUAAUGAUCAAAAUUCUGUUCUGCUUCCUAAAAAUAUCCUUCAGUCAACCGCUCAUACAGCAGUGGGAGAAGGUAUAACACCCCAUCAACAUACAGCAUUGACUAGUAGUGUUAUUGUUAUGUCUGGUGGUUCUGUAGCAAACUUUAAUUGUUCUAAAUCCACAUCUUAUAGAGCUGCGGAGAACAUAAUAUCUGCCAGGGCAAAAGAAAUAAGAGAAUACAUAAAAAACAUUGUAAUAUUAUCAGAUUCACUAAUGACUAUACACUUUGACGGAAAAAUAGUUAAUGAACUAACAGAGAGAAAGCAAUUUAAAAAAGAUAGAAUUGCAGUUUUGCUAAGAAUUGAUAAAAAAACAGAACUACUUGGCAUUCCUCCAAUAGAUUCUAGUUCAGGGGUUAAUCAAAAGCAAGCUAUAGUGGAAUUGAUGGAGUAUUUUGGAUUAAAAGAUAAGGUCAAAUGUCUCUGUUUCGACACAACUUCAGCAAAUACAGGAAGAUGGCAAGGUACUUGCAUGAAAUUAAUUCAACAAGUUCAACGUCCAUUGUUGUUGAUUGCAUGUCGACAUCAUGUAAUUGAACGACACAUAGCCCAUUUCUGGAAGAUUUACCCAAGCAGCGAAACUUCUGGUCCAGAAAACAAACUAUUUGAAGUUUUAAAACAAAACUGGAACAGUAUAGAUGCUGAAACUAAGGAACUGAAAAGAAUAAUAAUACCACCUGGAACAUGGAUAUAUAAUCAAAAAUUAGCUGCUGUUCAGUUUUGUAAUAAUGGGAUCAGUUUGAAGAUCUUCAAAAAGUUGUAUCUUUUAAUGAAUGAAACCCAAAACCUAACUGACAAACAUAAGGAAGAAAUAACUGGUACGGCUUUGUUCAUAAGCCUUUUCUAUACAGAGUGGUUUCUAAAAGCAGAGUUAAGUUCUUUGGCACUAACACAGGAUAUAAAAGCUUAUUGGCGAAUGAAAAGGUUUGAGGAAUGGAAUCUACUUGGCUCUCGAGCUGUUGCUAACUCUAUUCUCAGACAUACUUGGUAUCUGGAUCCAACUUUAGUAGUUUUUGCCCUAGCAAAUAAAGAAUGUAGGGAACGUGGUGAUAUGGCCAAAAAACUAUAUAGUUUACAAAGAUGUCCAAGUGAAAGUUUUCCUUUGGAACGCCAGGUAAUGGAUCAAGCUAUAUUGAAUAGCCUCAACUUCAGUAAAGAUGAGCCCCCUAGUUUGACUCCACUAGUAACAGAAAAGUCGUGGCUUGUUUUUGACAUGCUUAGGCAUGGAAAAGCAGAAACUCAAUGGAUGAAGACUCCACCAGAAGUUUGGAAAUUUAAUGAUUAUUAUCUAGAAUUUAGAGCAACAGUUAAGGGACUUGAUGUUGUUAAUGACUGCUCUGAGAGGGCAGUUAAGUUAGUUCAAGACCUAAUAAACAGAGCAUAUUCUGAGGAGAAAAGGCAGGACACAUUUCUAUUUACAAAUAGUUAUAAGAAAAACAGAAAAGGCAGGAAAAAAACAGAUUACGAAAAAGCCGCAAAUAAAGACUAG